AUGCACCCGGUGCCGCUGCUCCUGAUGGGCCAGCUACUAUACCAGCUUCUCACCUUUGUCGGCCCCCUCGUGUACGCGGUGAAGCUGUUGGACCCGCUGAUCGACUGGCGGCCGAUGUCUCGCCACAACUACCGCGAGGUGGUCGCCUCGCUCAUCUACGUGGUCGUGCUCCAGGAAAUCAGGUUCUGCGUCGACGGGCUGGUCCCGCUCGUCGUGGUGUGUGAUAUUCUCAAGAUCCUUGUCGUCUACGACCCCAAAAUCGGCGUCGUCGCUACCCAAUGGCUCGCCAAAAUGGUCCCUUGGCCGGAAGUGCGCCACUUCGAACGCCAUGUGGUCGACCCCAUGCUCCGGAGGAUGGUGCUGGCGCCACAGGACCUGAGGAUGACGGUGCUCCACUACCAGUUGACCCGCCGUCGCUGUGACCCCAUAUCGUUCCCGGUGUCGCCUGCAAGGGCGGCCCCGAUGUCAGCGACGUCGGCUAAUGCCAUGCUCCAUGUACCUAGCCACGACCGUGACCGAGUCCACCGGGACCGGUCACCACCUCGCUACGUAUCGCCGUCUCCCCUCUCUCAUUCCCCCAUCAUCCCCGAUAAAUUCGAUGAUGAUGGCGAGCUGAUUGCCCCUACUCCCGAGGAGGCGUUGGCACGAUCCUACGCCACCUACGUCGCUACUGGCCGGGAGAAUCUGAGUCCCCACCAGCCGUUUACCCCGGAGUACGCCCACCAAGUGUUCAACGACGUGUUUGGUGGCGAACGCG